AGCGACGCGGGAGCCAUGGCCCGCACGAAGCAGACGGCGCGGAAGUCCACGGGCGGCAAGGCGCCGCGGAAGCAGCUGGCCACUAAGGUGGCCCGCAAGAGCGCGCCGGCCACCGGCGGCGUCAAGAAGCCGCACCGCUACCGGCCCGGCACGGUGGCCCUGCGCGAGAUCCGGCGCUACCAGAAGUCCACCGAGCUGCUGAUCCGCAAGCUGCCGUUCCAGCGGCUGGUGCGCGAGAUCGCGCAGGACUUCAAGACCGACCUGCGCUUCCAGAGCUCGGCCGUCAUGGCCCUGCAGGAGGCGUGCGAGGCCUACCUGGUGGGGCUCUUCGAGGACACCAACCUGUGCGCCAUCCACGCCAAGCGCGUCACCAUCAUGCCCAAGGACAUCCAGCUGGCGCGCCGCAUCCGCGGGGAGCGGGCGUAAGCCCCGCGCACGUGCGCAGGCUGCCCCGCCGGAGCCAUAGCGCUCACCCCAAAGGCUCUUUUCAGAGCCACCACGUAGCCACAAAGGAUGCUGUGCCGACCCGCGCUUACUCCCGACGAGUCCGUGUUUCCUCGGCCUCUGGUCGGGGGGGGGCGGGGGGGGGAGGUUGUGGUAGGUGGGAUUCCCCCCGGGGCUGUGGACCCGCCCCCAGGAGGGUACUUGGACCUCCCAAGGUACCGAACGAUGGUCGGCCCGCGUGUGCGCGCUUGGAGACCAGCCUCCCAGCCCUGCCAAGUGGGAUGUUGGGGGGUGAGCGGUAGGAGCUCCACUUAUGGGGAAACCCUAUAGCGGGGUGGUGAGCUAGCCACGAGCCCAAGACGGGGAUGGGGCUGACAGCCGAGGAGGCUGGCCGGAGGUCAGGGGUGGGGGGCUCUUCUGACGUUGGUGCUGUUUGCAAGCACUCUCUCGGUCGUCGGCCAGUAGCGGUGACCCGAAGUCCACGGUGGGUACUUACCCGGUGCUCCCAGUGGGGCGAAGGCCUGGGCAGAGAAGCCCUCUGCGACAGGGACAGCCCGAUGCUCUCCAUGUGACAGUGGGCUCGAGAAGUUUCUUUGGACCCAGUUUUUUCCAGUAGACUUCACUCCUAAAGCUUCACCAACCAAAGGAGUACACGCAGCUGGUUUGAAAGCUGAAGAGAAGUCUGCGGUUUGGGUAUGUGUACAAGUCGGUGACAAGUCCUGGAGGGGCCAUCCAGAUGCCCACAGUGCUCAGGGACAGCCCAUGUUCUGGCCCGAAAACCCGUGCUACCCUUCAAUG